GAAGGUUUCGCCACCAAUCGCAUACAAUACGCCAUACUGAAUGAAGUUUGGCGCUUGGUUGCCGAUGGUGUGGUGAGUGUGGCCGAUGUGGAUCGCGUCAUGACCGAAGGUUUGGGUAUACGCUAUGCGCUAUUGGGACCGCUCGAGACCGCACAUUUGAAUGCUGAUGGCGUAGCCGAUUACUUUGGGCGCUUCGGUGAUGAAGUCUAUGCAGUAAGUCAAACUUAUGGACCGACACCGCAAAUGGAAGCAGGUGAGACCUUGUCGAAGAUAGCCGCUGAAUGUGAGGAAAUGGUGCCCAGGAAGCAAUUGAAGGUACGUCGCGAGCAGCGUGAUAAAUUUUUACGUGAGCUGUGCGCACUCAAGAAGCAAUUGGAGUGAGUCAGGAAUGUGGAGCGAAGAGAGAAGUGGAUAAAAAAUAAAUAUAAAUAAAAUUAGUAUGUACUAUUUAUGCAUAAUACCUAAUAAUAAAGAGUAUGCACUUUCCAAGCUUCUUAUAUCUCA